AUGGUCAAAAAACGAGUUGGCGCACUGGAGAAGGUUGAUGCCGAUCUGCCCAAUCUCCAAUACAAAAUCCGGCGAGAUCCAAAAUCAUAUACCGAAGACUUCUUGAAUCAAUAUGGGCAGUAUCAAUCACAGCGCGACAUAUUCAUGGUGUCGCCCAGCACCGCGACAUCAACUGGUAUCAUCUCCUUCCGCGACCUCAUAGAUUUCGUCGCCCACGUCUCGGAUUGCUUCCCGGAAGAUACAGCCGAGUUUCCAGAAGACUUAAAGACUAUUAUCACAAGGCAUCAUGCAGAGUUGGAGAGUGAACUGCGUGAGAAGAUUGUCGGGAGUUUGUGUUUAUUACGCAAAAAAGAAAUCAUCGACUCGUCAAGCCUGCUGGAUACCUUGUUUCCUAUACUCGUGUCUACGCCGAGUAAAACGUUACGCACGCUUUUGUUUCAGAAGAUAUUGUCGGAUCUAAGGGCGUCCAACUCGAAGCAUACAAACCACCGCAUGAACCGAACAAUGCAAAAUGCGCUCUUCAACCUCUUAACCUCGGAUCGCACAUCGCAGAAGGGAAUAUGGGCCGUGAAGAUUACGCGCGAAUUAUGGAAACGGCAAAUAUGGACGGAUGCUAAAGCAGUUGAGAUCAUGAAAGAAGCAAGUCUGGCAGAUAACGAGAAAGUCAUCGGUGGGGGCGUGCGAUUUUUCCUGGGAGGCGAUAAAGAGCGGGAAGAGACUCUCGAAGACGACAGCAGCGACGAGGAAAUUGACAUUGGCAAAUUAAAGCAUCAAGGGUUAAUCAACAAGAAGAGCCGGAAGAAGAAGAAGUCACUCGAUGAUGCUGUGAAGAAAGUGCGCAAGAACGAGAAGAAGAAGAAUCAACCACAUCAGCUGAAUUUCUCCGCUUUACACUUAUUACACGAUCCCCAGGGAUUUGCCGAGACGCUAUUUCAAAAACAUUUGCAAAACGGCAAAUCGAAGCUCAAUUUAGAGCAGAAACUUCUCGUGUUACAACUCGUAUCCCGACUAGUCGGUUUGCAUAAGUUGACAGUCAUAUCGCUCUACUCCUACUUCAUCAAAUACCUUACACCACGACAGCCAUCAGUAACCUCCUUCCUUGCUUCACUCGCCCAAGCCACGCACAAUCUUGUCCCGCCCGAUGCCCUCGAACCCCUGGUUCAAAAAAUCGCCAAUGAGUUCGUCUCCGAAGCGUCCGCAUCAGAAGUGGCAUCCGCUGGUCUCAAUGCAAUCCGCGAGAUUUGCGUGCGACAGCCCUUAGCGAUGAGCGACACGUUACUACAGGACCUAGUAAUGUACCGUAAGAGCAAAGACAAGGGCACCGUCAUGGCGGCAAAGGGUCUCUUAUCCCUGUACCGUGAGGUGGGAGCCGAUCUCUUGAAAAAGCGUGACAGAGGAAAGACCGCAUCGAUGGGCCUCAAGAGUGGAAGUAUCAAAGAACGGCGAUUCGGUGAGGAGGAUGCGGGGGGUAUUGAAGGGUUAGAAUUACUUGAGGAAUGGAAAGCCGAAGAGCGGAAACGGAAACGUGCUGAGAGAGGCUUACCGUCAGACGCGGGCUCUGAUGAGGAAGGGGAUGAUGAAGAGGAUGAAGAAGCAGGAUGGGCGAAGUGGGACGCUGAAUCCGACGCAUCUAGCGAUUCUGGCGGCUGGAUCAAUGUUGAAAGCGACGAUGAUAUCAAUAUCAGUGACAGCGAUGACGAAAAGCCUGCUCCUAAGAAGGUUAAGUUCGAGAUCCCAGCCGAGGACGGCGACGAGAAGGAAAAUGCAAAUAAGAACCUUGAGCAGAAAAUCUCCAACCUAGCAACCACCAAGAUCCUCACCCCCGCCGACCUCGCCAAGCUUCAAGAAUUACGACUCCAAGCCGACCUCAACAAGGCCAUGGGCCCCAAGUCUAAAUCAGCACGCCAGAAAGAGCUCGCAGCGCGCCAUACGGACGAUGGGCUAACAGCGGAGCAAAUCGAGGGACUCUCCAAGUUCCGCAAGAGCACCAAAGAGGAAAUGGUAGCUUUAGCCAGGGAAGGCAAGGGUGACAGGAGUGAACAUAAGAGUACGCAGUCUUUGAGGAGGGCGAAGAAGGAUGCGGAGGGGAAGAGUACGACGAAUAAGGAGAAGGCGCGCAAGAAGAAUUUCUUGAUGACGUUAGGGAAGGCGAAGUAUAAGCAAAAGAGGAGUUUGACGCAGACAAAACGGGUGCUUCAGGGGCACAUUGAAAGGAGUAAGAGGGGUGGGAAGAGAGGCAAUGUUGGGAUGUAG